CGUUGCAACAUUGGCCCAACAUAAUUAGAGUUGGAGUUGGAAAACCACGAACAAGAAAAACCUAUGAAACUUCAUGGAAGGGGCUUCACACCUCAACGUUAGAUGUCGUGCAGGGCGUCACGAGCAAACGUAAGUCCGUAAUUGCCAAAGAUAAGGCAAUACUGAAGAAGUUGGCUGAAGCGAUAGCCCGCGGCUAUCAACCAGAUUAUCUCUUGAAUAACAUACUAAGGCGAUACUUUGUGGAUCUUACUGAAAAGUUUUUGGUUCCGCUCAACCGUUAUUUUUCGACAUUGAUUCCGUUUCACAUAACCCUUUCCUCACAAGAAUCGCCACAACUAAAGCCAUUCAAAACAGAUAGCUUUUUAAAAUCUUUACAGGAGCAUGGUCCACAGAUCCCGUUUAAAGCAAAAAAUUUUCCAACAAAUACCACAAACACAUACGUUAAUUUCUACACGCAAUUUCUGAAAUGUGGAAAUUUUGCAACGUGGCUCCGUCAACGGACGAUCGAGGCACAGAAUGAAUUGCGUAAACGAUACCUGCAAGUACUCUGCGAAGAUGAUGUACAGAAAUGGAUUAUUGGAAAGCACGAGAUGGAGUUGGUGGACUUGUUGGUUAGGAUCAGGGAUGAAUUGAAAUUAUCGAAUCAACAAGAUUCUGCAUCAUCGCAAUUGUUGCCACCAACAGCCGUUCGGGACAAUGACGGUGGAUCUCCGUCGACGCUGACAGCAAAACAACGGGAAAAACUGAGAUUGCAAGCAAGCAUAAUAAUAUCGGGACUUCCACGAGAUCUAAGGGAAUCAUUCACCGCAGAUAUAUAA